AUAGGUUAUAGAAUAGGGUAUCAAAUAUUCAUUUUCAUUUUCAUAGAUCGUUCAAGUUUUUGAAAAUUCUUGGAUUAGAGAAAAAUUUGAAUGUUCCUUCACAGCCGUUACUGCCAGACUUAGCAAUACCGGAACGGAUGCACUGGAUGAGGUUCCCAGGACCUUGAGGGAUGUACGAACGGGUGACAUGGAAAUUUCAAGACAUUUUUCUCAGCAGCCUUGAUGAAUAAGGAAUAGGAACCCUCGUUGACUGCCGAGUUUUAUCGAGUUUUACAGGCACAGACAUCCGUCCCUGUUACAGACUUAUCUUCCAUCCUCGAAGAAGUUUACCUUUCUGCCGCUAGGGUCGCAGGAAUCGGUUGGAGCUCGACCUUGCUUCAUGGGAUUGUCAAAAAAAAAAAAGAGAAGAUCUUAUUGAGAAUUCGUGACCAACGACAAAAUUCACGUGCACAUCGUAAAAUGUGAAUAAAUUUUCGUUACAAAGGAUAAAAAUUUAUUUAAAAAUCCCUACCAUACCUUUCGUCCAAUUUCUCAAAUAUACACCACAAUUUGUUCCCCGAGUCCUGAAUAACUUUUGCUCCGAAAAAUGAAGAAGACGACGAAAUGUAUCGCACAGACGAUUAACCUGUCAAAACCAAAAACGUGCGUCCGUCCUCGUCAGGUUCAAAAAUUAGUAAGCGGCGUGGUGAAGGAACCGUGUCCGACGCCAGGACACGGAAAAACCAGCUACAGGGUAUCAAGACCAGUAUCAAUAAGGAUCUGUUCCAGAAGAGACUUAGAAAGGACCUGUCCGCCAACUGUCUGCGAUUGUCCGCAAAAGGGGCCGCCGGAAACGCGUUUACAAAAAUUCGGGAAACUGGUUCAGACACUUUUGAAAAGUGCUGUGGCGGCGGGAUUGGUUUAUUGGACUUCGGCCGAGGGGGUGUGGGGGGACAGUAAAGAUACGGAAAAUCUUUAUUAUCGCAUGAUGGCGACCGUGGCUCCAGCUAUAUCGGAUAUGCCGGAUGUCGAUAAUAUAAAACUACCCCAAGUCGGAAACUUCAAAUAUUGUAUAUACAAUGCGUACAAUAGAGCCGUACUAGGGCUGAUGGGGAUCCUCGUGGGAGUUCCUAUGACGAUUCAGGACAAGGUCUCCGGCAUCCUGUUCCCGUGCGAUCCUCUCGAGGAGCUGGAAGAUAGGUCGAGAAAACAUCGAAAAGCAGAUAACGCUCAGGCAAAGAAGCCCUAAGUCAGAUUCACUGGUAACAAAAUUAUUGUACGUGUCCGCGAAGUAUGAUUUAGUAGUCCGUAAUAUAUAAUUAAGGUAUCAAACAAGAGAGUGAUACUCGAAA